UCCUGCUCGGCCUCAGAGGCGACUCCUUGAGGUUCAGGCAGCAGCUGGGCGUCUCCUGAUGUCUCCUGAGAUUAAUCCCAUAAUCCUGUAAUUAAUCCCAUAAUCCUGAGGUUCCUCCUGCUGGUUCUGUUCUGCUGAAAUGGACCGCUGCUUUCUGGAGCGGCUCUUCCUCAUCUGGACUCUGGUGAUUCGCCUGGGUGGAUUCUGCUUCGAAAUAACAGUGAGACACUCUGAGCUGAAACCAUGUGAGGGAAACGACCGGAUCUGCGUCACCGACCCGACAGACUGCAAACCUCCACCACCUUCACCGUCGCAGAAGAUGCUGAACAUGUCCUGCUCCUACCAGCAGCCUGCAGACGGGGUCAGAUCUGUGACCUGCAGCUGGAGCCAGGAGGCUGAGAGUCGAGCCUCGCUCGUCUUCACCAGCGGGUCAAAAGUCUUUUCCUGCCUGGGGAUCUUCAGCCCUGCGGCCGUCCUGGGUUCUCUCCGUGUGACGGCCCGGAUGCGGAGCUACCUGACCGGGACAGACGAAUGGGCCCAGCCUCAGUUCCUGAGGGACGCAGUCAAAACGUCCCGGCCUGAUUUAACUCCGACUGGUUCAGAGUCUGUGAUCCGGAGCGACUGGAGCGGAGACACGACCGUACGAACCCUGGACAGAGUUCCCUCCAGGCCUGCAGAGAUGUGCUACAGAGUGGAGAAAACAGGCGAUGAUGAGUUUCUCCUGCUUCACCUCGUCUGGAUGGGUUCUGGUUCAGGUCGGGUCCUCGGGUACCAGGUCCGCAUCGACCCAAACCAACACCUUCAAAACGUCACUGAGACGACUUUCCUCCUGGUGGUGAAGGAGGGGAACUACAGCGCCACAGUUCGGGCCUUCAACACAGCCGGUUUCGGACCCGCAACCCGACUCCAGAUCAACACACAGGACCAGAACUCUCGGCUCUCUGUGAGGAACCUGUGGAUUUCCAGCCAUUAUCCUGAAAACGAAGCGCUGCAGGUCCAGUGGGCGACGCCCACCACGCCGCCUGGCGGCCAUGUUCUCGUUCAUUGGCGCUCAGAGGAGAACCCGUCCAACAGCCGAUGGGUCAGAGUCAACGGUUCUAGUUCCUCUGCUGUCAUCACAGGUGUUGACCCUGAGGAGCCGUACCUGGUCAGUGUGUUCCCCGUCUAUAACCAGCGGUGUGGUUCUGCUCAAUCUCUGAACGGCAGUCUGGAAAAUGGAGCCCUGAUGGAGGUCGUCGGUCUGAAAGUCGUCAACGUCACUAAAACCACGGUGACUGUCGCGUGGGCGUGGCAAAGGAAGCCCGCACCAAUCAGAGUGGACCGGUACCGAGCGACGCUGAGGAGAGACGCCGACACACAAACUCUGUCUUUGUGGCCGGACCAGCAGCAGCACACCUUCUCCAAACUGACUCCCAGCACGGAGUAUUCUCUGCUCCUAUUGGCUGACAAUGUGUCCAGGUUCAUCAUCCCUGUGGCCACUCAGUACGAUGAAGCUCCAGCGGUUACCACGGUGACGCUUCUGCUGCUCCUGGUCGUCACGGUGAUGAUCAUCUCCGUUCUCUCCAGAACUGUAUACAAGUCGUAUUUCUUCCCGACGAUCCCCAGCGCCAGGAGAAGCACAGCAGGCCAGUGGCUGCUGAACCCGGACCUGAAGAAAUGUUCGGAGAGGAACUUCCUGGACGUCUCCGACUUCCAGGUGACGGACGUUUUAGGACAGAAGCAGCUGAUCCUGGUUUGUCCAAACCAUCUGCAGAAGGACCAGUCACCAACCAGCAGCCUCUCCGUCAAACUGGACACUGUGGACAUUCCUGGUACCAAACCAAUCACAGGACACGCGUGGGACGUUCGGCCAAUCACAGAGCAGCAGCUGCUCUCUCUGCAGUCAGGUUUUAGGGCAGAGAUGGGCGGAGCCAAAGUUCCUCUGCUGCAGGAACAGGAAGAGAGCGGCUGCUCUCAUCAUCAUCAUCAUCAUCAUCAUCAUCAUCAUCAGGCUUUCAUGUUUCGGUUUCCAGAACUCCUGACGGACUUCCUGGAGCAACCGGAACCGGUGACUGGACCACUGGAACCGGUCCCUGAGGUCGAGUACUUAACAAACGGCUGCUUCAGAGCAGAACCAGCAGCUGGAUCAGAACCUUCAGUCCUGCAUUAACUCAGAGGUGGAACACUGACCCCUAGUGGCUGAAAACACCAUGACAACACCAACAGAAACUGCAUGUUACUGAAGUUACUGAAGCGAUGAGGUCCGGACGGUUCUAAAAAUAAAAACAUCUGAAAUGACAACUUAUAAAAGAAAUGUAUUCAUUUGAGAUCUUUUAUUUGUUUAGAGAUCCAACAUGAGCAGCACUGGUUUAAAUGUAGGAAAAAUUAAUCAGAAAAAAGUUUGACAUUAAUAAAAAGUUUUAUGACCCAAAAGGUCAUAAAACUU